UUUGCAGCACUAUUGCAUUUGUAUAAAUAAGCUGGUGAAACUGAGAACGUAUUUAACAAAAUGCUAUAAACAAAGGUGUACUAUGCGAGCACAGCAUGAGAUCUGUAUAAUGCCAUACAAGUUACUACGAUUGCAAACGGAAAAAUGGAAGCAGUAUCCAAGAUCACCUUGAUAUUGACAGUGGUGCUCACUAGCCAACAACUAUGCUAUGUGCAUGCCCAGCAGCAACAUGCGCUGGGCUGCCAAGCGGUGUACAGCGAACGCAUUAGCGCUGCAACACAGUUGCAACAACAAGAGCAACAGCUGGGCGAACAGCCCAUCCCGACGCGACGCACAUGGCAGGAGCAUGAAUUUACGCUAUUGGGCUACAAAUUCCAUUUGCCAUUUGUGGGGCAUGUAGUGGAUGCAGAUGCAGAUGAUAGUGACAGUGUGGACGAGGACCGUUGGUUGCUGGACAGCAGCGCAAAGCUCUAUACGAGCCAAGUGGAGGGCAAGGAACAGCAGCUCAGUGACAGCAACGUGCUGGAUACUAAUAAAUUUAUAUAUAAGUUGCGCUGCCAGCAAGUGAGCGUGGCAAGCAUUAAUGCUCAACUGCUGAGCAAGCGGCCGACGAUCAACUAUGAGCGUUUAAUGCUGCGCGAAGUGCACGAUGCCACACAAACGUUGCAACUGCAGCAGCUUGAGAACAGCUUGCGUCAGUUUAGCUGGCUGCAAAGCGAACUGCAAGAUGCUACACUGCAGCGUUUGUUUCAACAGCAGCAGCCGCUGGAUUUGCUUACGCUAGAUCUAAGCGAUAAUCGCUUAGAGUGUUUGCACUGGCUGCAGCCACUCACCAUGCGCAUCUUGAAAGUACUUAAGCUAAGCGGCAAUCGCUUAACCAGCUGCCCGCUCAACGAGCUGCAGCAUCUGAAUCACUUGGAAGAGCUGCAUUUGGAUAACAAUGCGCUGCGCGAGCUGCCCAUGCGCUUUGUGCAAGAGCUUAGCGAAUUGCGACUGCUGAAUCUGAGCCACAACGCCUUGGAGCAGCUGCCACGCAAUAUAUUCGAGGGCGCAUUGCAGCUGGAGCGCUUGCACUUGGCACACAAUCGCCUGAGCGUUGUGCCCUUUCAGCUGUUCCAAAGCGCACGCGAGCUACGCCUGCUUGACCUGAGCCACAAUCAGCUGCUAUCCUUUCCGGAUAACUUUUUUGCUUUAAAUGCGCAGCUGCGUCAUCUGCAGCUGCAGCAUAAUCAGCUCAAGUUCAUAGGCAAGCAUAGUUUAUAUAAUUUGCGUGAGCUGCGUCAGCUGGACUUGUCGCAAAACGAGUUGGCCAGCAUAGAUCGCAAGGCAUUCGAGUCAAUGGGCAAGCUCAUAGCUCUAAAUAUAUCCGGCAAUCACCUUACUAUGCUGUCCUCCAUCAUCUUUCAGCCACUGCAUGCGCUGCGUCAAUUGGAUUUAAGUCGCAAUCAGUAUCAAGCACUGCCCGCGGCUCUGUUCCAAUCGCAGCGUCAAUUGCUAUUGCUGCGCAUUGAUGAGACACCGCUGCAGCAGUUGCCCAAUUGGAUUUCACGCCAGGAGCAGCACAUAGAGCCACAAAUUCUGCAGCGUCUACGUUACUUAUCGCUGCAGCAAAAUGCGCAGCUAAAGCAGCUGCCUGAGACGCUCUUUGCCAAUGCCAACAAUCUACGCGAGCUGCUGCUUGCCGACAAUGAUUUGCUGCAGCUGCCCAACCAAAUUGGCAGCCUCUCACGAUUGCGUCGCCUAAGCGUACGCGGCAAUCGUCUCAGCACGCUGCCGGAAAGCUUAAAGCAGCUGGAUCAGCUGCACUAUCUCAAUAUACUUAGCAAUGAGUAUCUCUGCGAUUGCAGCAUGUACUGGCUGAACAGCUGGCUAACCAAUGCCAGCACCUCGUUGCGGCGUCCGCAAAGUGCUGCAAGUCAAAUGCUCGACUCCUAUGAGCAGCUGGAUAAUCAAAUAGAGGAACUCAAGUGCCAAUAUGGUUACCCAGGCGAUAUGCUGCGCGUGCUCAGCAAUCUCAAUUGCAGUGUGCCCGUCGUUGUGCAGUCCUCAGCGCCCAAAAUGUAUCGUCUACACUCCACAGCCAAGCUGGAGUGCAUGGUCUAUGGCAGUCCCACACCAGAUAUUAUAUGGGUCACUCCACGCAAUCAAAUAUUGAGACAUCAUGCGGAUCCCGAUAAGCGACCGAUUAUCAUCAACAGUGACAACGAUCAUCAGCCAAGCAAAUUUGAGCUCUUUGCUCUAACGGAUGAUACCAAUCUGAAGGCGCUGCAGGGAUCUGUGAACAUUACACGCCAACGCAGCAUUGUGGGGGAUCGUGUCAUGCUUGUGGAGAAUGGCUCCUUGCUGGUGCAUAAUAUAUCACGUGGUGACAGUGGUCUUUACACUUGCUAUGCCUUGAAUGUCAUGGGCAACUCCUCCGCGGGAAUUAGGCUCUACAUUGAUCCCAUUGUAUUCUAUCGCGUGAAAAUUGAAAGUCUGCUAGCAGGCACAGCGCUUGCCACAGCAUUUCUAUUACUCACAUUGAUAGUGCAGGGAUUGCGCAGCUGUCUGACCAGGCUCGGAGUCUGCGAGCGACUGCGCUGCUGUGCGCGCACCAAGCAGUCACCCAGAUCGCGUCAAAUCUAUGCCAUGUUGGAUAGCAUUGAGAGCUAUAAGAGCCAGCAGCUGGAGCGAUUGCGUGAGAAUUAUGCGCAGCAAGUGCAUCGCAUACGUGAGAAUUGCGCACAGCAGGCGGAAUGGAUACAGGGCAGCUAUACUACCCAAGCGAAGCAUUUGAAAGAAUUCCGGGAUAUGGGCUCGAGUCAUUUGACUGCGCUGAAAGAUCAGUACAAUGAUCAGAUGAAGAAAGUGCGCGACUAUUCGACAGGUCAGCUCAGUUGGGUGCGCGAAAAUUAUGUCUUCCAACGCAAUAAGAUACGUAAGUUCAGCGCUCAUCAAGUGCUGCGAUUGCGUGAGGGCUACAAGUACCAGCAGCAGAGCCUGAAUAAGGUGCUCGAGAAUCUGCCGAGCUUUUACUUUGAGAACUGUCGCGGACGUUGCGAGGAUGAUAUUGUCGAGGAUUUGGACUGCUAUUUCAAGAGUCAGGCGGAAAAAGAGCUGCACAUACAGAAGCUUAAGUCGCGUCUGCUGGUUGCGAAUAAUUCAGCCAGCAAAGCUUCCAUCUACUAUACGCCGCCAGACGAUGAGCUCAAUCGCUCGCAGCUGCAAAUGCAAAUGACGCCUAUACACAUUAACUAUAUAGACGAGAAUAUGGAUCAACAGAAACUGGAGCUUGAGGAUUUCAAAAUUGAUCCAGCUCUAUUAUUAUACAAUACACCGCGACUUUAUGUUAAUCCCGAAGGCGCCAGCUGCAGUCAUUUUGCCAUGGCUUCAGCUUUGUCCGCCGGCCUGAGCAUUGAGGAUAACAAUUUGGAUGCGCGUUUGCAGGCAGAACGCCCCAGCCCAUUAGAGUUGCAAGAACUGAAGGACUCAAACGAUGUGAAGAACUCGAAAUCGUGUCCUGCUAUUUAUAAAGUAUCCAAGCAGCGUGAUGGCAGCACUCUGCAUGAACUACUCACCCGGGACGAGGAUGGACUACCACAACAGAUGCUGCGUCUCAAUCCGGUUGAUGAGUCUACGCUGACACUGCAGCUACCCAAAGAGCAACUAAAUAUAACGCUGGAGGAGUGCUCCUCCAAUAGCCUUAAUAGCAGCAACAGCGGCAGCAGCGCCAACGUUUCCACGCCUCCCAGCAGCAGCAACACAUAGAGAUUUUUUG